CACUAAGAUUAGCGAACAAAAUGAAAUAUCUUGUUCUAAUGAUGAUGAAGAAUACUAUACUGCUGAUGAAGGACCAGAUAAUAUAUUUAAUCGCUAUUGUAAAACUUGUAAGCGUGACUUUAAAUAUCCUUGUAGAUUAAAACAUCAUAAAU